AUGGCCCUUCUUCAGGCCCGCAACUAUGUCGACUACGAGGCGCAACAAAAUGCCUUCGAAGACUUCCUCACGCACUUCAAGACCUCCCCGCAGGAGAGCAUCACCCACGCCAUCGGCCAGAUCAGCAUCGAUGAGGACGACUUGAGCGAUGAGUACGACUUUAUGGACGAGGAUGACAAUGCCCAUGAUCAACGCCGGAGGCAAAAGGCCGCCAAGAGGCAACCCAAGCACAAAUAUGCCGAAUUGAUGCAGCAGCUGGCAAACCGCGAGCUUGACGAAGUGCUGAUAGAUCUUGACGACAUAGUCACUUGGGAAUCAGAAAGCGAUGAAGCUCGCACACUCAAGCUCGUCGACUCUAUCGAGGGAAACACAAAACAUUACGUUGAGCUCAUUUCGAGAGCUAUCGACAACAAGAUGCCUCCUCCCGCGACAGGCGUCAGCUUCAAAGACGACGUGUUGGAUGUCAUCAUGGAGAGGCGACAGGCCAGAAACCGCGAGGUGGCUCAACUAGCAGAGAGUACUAACAACCCGGACAUGUUGGAGUCGACCUUUCCCGCCCAACUCACGCGCCGAUACACCCUGGUCUUCAAGCCAAGGACCUCCACUCAAGAGAAGCCGGUCAAGGCCCUUGCCGUGCGACAAGUUCGUGGUGAACAUCUUGGGCACCUCAUCACAAUCCGUGGCAUUGCGACAAGGGUAUCCGAUGUGAAGCCCAUUGUCCAGGUUGGCGCUUACACGUGCGAUCGCUGUGGUUGCGAAAUCUUCCAGCCGGUCAAUGACAAGUCAUACGCACCUUUGACGACAUGUCCUUCCAAGGAGUGCAAGGAAAAUCAGUCCAAGGGCCAGCUAUUCCAAUCAUCUCGUGCCUCCAAGUUCUUGCCGUUCCAGGAGGUCAAGGUUCAAGAGAUGGCCGAGCAGGUCCCAAUUGGUCAAAUCCCUCGAACGUUGACAAUCAUGUGCUACGGAAGCACUGUUCGUCAAGUCAACCCCGGUGACAUUGUGGACAUCUCUGGUAUCUUCUUGCCGACUCCCUACACGGGCUUCAAGGCCAUGCGUGCUGGACUUCUCACCGACACGUACCUGGAGGCUCACCAUAUUGCCCAGCACAAGAAGGCCUACGAGGCGAUGGUUAUUGACGACAGACUCCUCCGCAGGAUCCAGACUUUCAGCCAAUCUGGUGCCGUGUACGAGAUGCUGGCCAAAUCUAUCGCUCCCGAGAUUUUUGGACAUCUGGAUGUCAAGAAGGCCUUGCUGCUUUUGCUCGUUGGUGGUGUUACUAAGGAGAUGGGUGAUGGUAUGCGCAUUCGUGGCGACAUCAACAUCUGUCUGAUGGGUGAUCCUGGUGUAGCCAAGUCGCAACUUCUAAAGUACAUCUCAAAGGUCGCCCCUCGAGGUGUAUAUACCUCCGGCCGUGGCUCCAGUGGUGUUGGUCUCACAGCCGCUGUGAUGCGUGACCCUGUCACAGAUGAGAUGGUCCUCGAAGGCGGUGCCCUCGUCCUUGCUGACAACGGUAUCUGCUGUAUCGAUGAGUUCGACAAGAUGGAUGACAACGACAGAACCGCCAUUCACGAAGUCAUGGAGCAGCAGACGAUUUCCAUCUCCAAGGCUGGAAUCUCGACGACUCUCAACGCCCGAACAUCUAUCCUCGCCGCCGCCAAUCCCAUUUAUGGCCGCUACAACCCUCGUAUCUCGCCAGUGGAGAACAUUAAUCUUCCUGCUGCCCUUUUGUCUCGUUUCGAUGUUCUCUUCCUCCUUCUUGAUACCCCGACGCGUGAGAGUGAUGCUCAACUUGCGAAGCACGUCGCCUACGUACACAUGCACAGCAAGCAUCCCGACCUCUACGCCAACAACCCGACGUCGGCUGCAGCCAACAGCAACGGUGAGGUGCCGAAUGUCGUGUUCACUCCGCAUGAAGUCCGAGCCUACGUCGCCAAGGCGCGAACGUACCGCCCUACGGUUCCCGAGACUGUCACCGAGUACCUGACCAAGACAUACGUGCGCUUGCGAAAGGCUCAGAAGACCGCCGAGUCCAAGGGCCAGAACUUUGCUCACACCACUCCUCGUACACUACUCGGUGUCGUCCGUCUGGCACAGGCUUUGGCACGUCUGCGAUUUGCAGACUCUGUCGACCAGGACGAUGUUGAUGAGGCUCUGCGCCUGAUCGAAGCCAGUAAGGAAAGCUUGGCUGCCCACGAGGGACCACGAAGGCGUGGCAGAGACGUCAACACCAGAAUUCUGGAGCUCGUCAAGGGAUUCUUGGAGAGCGGUGCUUGCCGUCCUGAUGACGUGGACGAUGAUGAUGAGGAGGCUGCCAUUGAGUUGAGCCUGCGCAAGGUCAGGGAGAGAGUCCUCGCAAAGGGCUUCACGGAAGAUCAAUGGUUGACAGCUUUGGACGAAUAUGCCAGCAUUGAUGUUUGGCAAACGGCAGGAAAUGGUACAAGACUGGUGUUCAUUAAUGCCGGUGGCAAUGAUGACGAUGACGAGUAG